AUGAAUCAUUCACCUUUGAAAAGUGAUAUAAACUCUACAGUUAGAGAUGAUUAAAUAAGACUUAAUAUGGGAGGUUUCAAGUUUUCUGCUCAACAAUUAUAAAAUAUAUUCACUCUCAAUCAAAGAAGAAGGAUGUGUGAAGAAAUAGACUUUCUUGAGUAGUUAGGAGGUUUAGGUAAUGGUUUUUCAUCAUUUUUUAGAUAGUUUAUUAGAUGGAUUAUGUACAUCUAUUAAUGGAGGAAUAGUGAGUGAUGACAUUAACAAAAGGACAGAAUUAUAUGGUCAUAAUAAAAGGGUUGUACGGCCACCUUAAACAUAUUGUGAAUUAUUAAUGGAUGCUAUGGGAGACUUUACUAUGAGAGUCCUUACUGUAGCUGCAUUUGCUAGUAUUGUUAUUUAAGUUGCAACUGCAGAUGACGAUCAUCGAUCUUUAGCUUGGAUUGAAGGAUUUGCUAUCUUUAUAGCUGUGCUGGUAUGUACUAAUGUUGCUGCAUUGAAUGAUUACUCUAAAGAAAAAUAAUUUAGGAAGUUAAAUGCUGUAAGUGAGUAGUCUAAAAUUGUAACUAUCAUACGAGAUGGAAAAGAGCAUAGAUUACAUGAAGAAAAUUGCUUAGUUGGUGAUAUAGUCAAAUUAGUUGAAGGUAUGGAGAUACCAGCAGAUGGAAUACUAAUAGAGGCUUCAGAAAUAAAAAUGGAUGAAUCAUCUAUGACAGGAGAAACUAAUUCAAUUAAGAAAGGUACAAUAAAACAAUGUUUACAUAAAAAGGAAGAAUUAAUAAAUGAAGGAGCUGAAUUUGGAGAAAAGGAUAGGUUUCUAAUUCCAUCUCCAGCUCUUUUAUCUGGUACUAGAGUCUUAGAAGGAGAAGGACUAUUUCUUGUUUGUGUUGUUGGAGAUCUAUCGUGUUUAGGUUAAAUCAAAGCUUCAUUAGAAUAGGAUGACGAUGAAGAAACACCUCUUUAAUAAAAAUUAACCAUUAUUGCUGAAGAUAUUGGAAAACUAGGAUUAUAUGCUGCUAUAUUGAUUGUAAUUGUACUGAUGAUCAGAUUGGCUAUUGAAAGAGGUAUAGAAGGAGAAUGGAAUCAUAACAAACAUUGGAUGGAAAUUCUUAAUUUCAUCAUUUUAGGAAUCACUGUUUUAGCUGUCGCCAUUCCAGAAGGUUUACCAUUAUCAGUCACUAUUUCUUUAGCAUAUUCAGUUUCAAAAAUGAUGAAUGAUAAGAAUUUAGUAAGGAAAAUGUAUGCUUGUGAAACUAUGGGAGGAGCUGAUUCAAUCUGUUCUGAUAAAACGGGAACUUUGACUAUGAAUAAAAUGACUCUAACUAAAAUGUGGAAUUAAAAUUAUAUUGAAGUUAACUAUUUGGCAAAAGAGUAAGACUUGACAGUUUUUGGUAAAAUCAAAUAAUUAAUGAUUGAAUCAAUAUGCUGUAAUUCUUCUGCUGAGUUAGAUCCUGAAUAAGGAUCAAAAACUGAAGUAGCUUUAUUAGAAUACAUAAGAAGAGGAUAAGUUGAUUACAAAAGCGUUAAAAGUUCAGUCAAAUAUCUACAAAAAAUACCUUUUAAUUCUGGAAGAAAGAGAAUGAGUGUAAUAGUUUCGACUUAAAGGAACGGUUUACCUGUAAAUCGUUUGUACAUUAAGGGAGCUAGUGAAAUAAUAAUAAAAGGGCUAACUCAUCAUCAUACAUUAAAUGAUGAAAUAAUAGGAUUAUAAGAAUAAGAUAUAAAAAAGAUAGAAAAUAUAAUAAGCGAGAUGGCAAAGUAAUCACUAAGAACAAUCUGUGUAGCUUAUAAAGAUUUGAAUGGUAAUGAAGAUUUGGUGAGUAAUGAUGGUAAAGUGUAUUAAGUAGAAAAAGAAAACUUGACUUUUUUAUGUUUAUUAGGAAUAAUGGAUAAUUUAAGAGAAGGAGUAAAAGAGGCAGUAACUUUAUGUAAGAAAGCAGGAAUAAAAGUUAGAAUGGUUACAGGAGAUAAUUCUGAAACAGCAAGAGCAAUAGCUUUAUCAUGUGGUAUUAUAGAAGCUGGAGAUAGUAGAGCAAUAGUAAUGGAAGGUUCUGAAUUUAUGAAUAAGAUAGGAGGAAUAGUUUGCAAGAAUUGUAAUACAGAAUCUUGUAAAUGUGCAAGAACUUAAAGUGAAGCUGAGAAAAAUGGAACUUAAUUAAGAGUAGAUACAUUAGGUGAUUUGGGAUCAUUUAAGAAAUUAUAUCCAUAAAUAGCAGUUUUGGCACGUUCAAGACCAACAGAUAAAUAUGCAAUGAUUGUAGGAUUAAAAGAUUGUGAACAUAUUGUAGCAGUUACUGGUGAUGGUACAAAUGAUGCUCCUGCUUUAAAAAAGGCUGAUGUUGGAUUUGCUAUGGGAAUUUCAGGUACAUAAGUAGCCAAGGAUGCAGCUGCUAUUAUUCUUAUGGAAGAUAAUUUCAGUGAUAUUGUUAAAGCUGUUAUGUGGGGUAGAAACAUUUUCUAAUCUAUUCGUAAAUUCUUAUAAUUUUAAUUAACUGUGAAUGUUGUAGCUGUAGGAUUGACUUUAAUAGUUUCUGCUGUACUGAAAUAAGAAGUUUUAAAACCUAUUUAAAUGUUGUGGGUCAAUCUUAUUAUGGAUUCUUUUGCCUCAUUAGCCUUAGCAACUGAACCUCCUAGUCCUAUUCUAUUGAAUGAUAAACCAUAUUCAAGAUCUUAAUCAAUUAUUACUAAGAAAAUGCUUAAACAUAUCUUUGGUUAAGCAACAUUUCAAAUUGCUAUUAUGCUAAUUGCUGUAUUCUUAGCUCCACAUUUUGUUCCAGAAUAUAAAGAUGAAUUUGAUGAUUUAAUUAUAGAAUUCUUUCAAAAGAAUAAUUAAACUUAGCUACCAUCUAGUUUUUAUCAUCCAAAAUACGAUAAGGAUUAUUUACCUGAUUAAUAUAUGAUUAGAAGUGGAAGAAUGCUUACUGUAGAAGGUGAAGAUGAUUAUGAACCUGUCUAUAGAGAAUUUAUGGUUCCAAGUAGACAUUUCACUUUCAUCUUCAAUAUGUUUGUUAUGAUGCAAAUAUUCAAUUUCUUAAACAGUAGAAAAUUAAAUGAUGAAUUCAAUAUUUUCUAAAAUAUUGGCAAUAAGUAUAAUCAUUCAUUUAAUUUAGUUCUCUAUUUAUUAUUAUUGUAUUCCUUAUCUUUGCCCUCUAAAUUAUUUUGAUUACUUUCGCUGGUAUUGCUUUCUCAUGCUAUACCUAUUAUGGAUUAACCAUUUAAUAAUGGCUAAUCUGUGUGCUUAUUGGGGCUAUUGGAUGGAUUGUUAGUGCUCUAUUAAAAUUAAUACCAGAAUAAGCUGUAUAAAAUUUAUAUAUAUAUAUUUUAACAGAUCUGCCCAGAUUCUAUUGAAUAAGUAUCGACAGAAUAAGAACAGAGAAAACCUUCUGGUAUUUUAGAAUUACGUCGUGGUUCCUCGAUUAGACGUUCACAAAGACAUCAAGAGAUUUAACUUUGA